CAGGUAAUAAACUCGUUCAAUUGAUCACUUUCUCACAAUACUCUUCUACAUAAUACAGUAAGCUUCAAUGAACAAUAUCAAUUGAGAACAGUUUACGUUGCUAAGAGUGGUUGCUAAGGGUGUUGUGUAAUGAUACACAGAACUGUUGGGUGAAGCGGUCAUAACCGUGUUUUAUCAUGAAUAAAACACAGUUAUUGACCAAUCAGAAUCAAGGACAGGAACUAACCAUUUUAUAAAUGCAUUUAUGGAAUGAUAGAUAUCCCUUUAAGUUGUGGACCAUCAAGUUGUAAAAAGACAUUAUCGUAUUACUUUUUACUUGAUGGUUACAGCACUUAAAUCUAAAUUUUUAUUGAAAACAUUUUUCAAAAAUGCUUGAAAACAAUAUGAAUUAAUGAUUUCACAAAAGCUCUCAAACAUAUUUUAUUUUAUGUUGCAUUUUAAAUAUUAUGACUUUUGAAUCAUGAAUAAUUUGGAGUUUUCUUGAAGAUAUUCCAUUUGACUACUUCAAUUAACCUUGUCUUUUUUAAAGGUCAUAAUAUUAAUAUUUAAAAGAAUCUACAUUUAAAAUGUGUCUUUGAAAUUCCUUCAUUCCAAUCAGUGGCUUUUUUACUUGAUAGAGCCUGACAAAAUAUGAGCAUCACCCCAUUAACGAUAGAUAUGUUUAUUUGUUCAUUUUUUCCUGUAUAUAUUUUCUGCCUUUUUUGGAUACACAUACAGUUUUGAAUGUGUUGAUACCCAUAGGGGAUCACUGAGUUAGAUCAUGGGCUCGGGUGAGAAGGUUAUAGGGUGAAUCUUCCGGUUUCAGAACUAUGGACAGCUCCGAAAUAUUUUCCUGGCUUUUAAUCUCAUGUCACGCAUAUUACCAACGCACUUUGGAGGGAAAAAAGUAUCAUAUUGACCGAUAUUCUCGUGCCUUGUGGCGUCAAAAUCAAUAUCAAGGUGUGAACGAGCAAUACAAUAUAACAUAUUUAUGGAUCUGCGACUAAUCCAUUGCUGUUUUAUGCAAAGAUGAAGUCCCUGCUGCGCUCCAAAUGUCAAUCACAGUGACGUUGCGCGUGUCCUUUCAUCUUCAUGAAGGCGGGGGAACAUGCUCUCACUGACAUUCUGAAUGUCCAUUGUGUGCAUGCUAAGCACAUCAGAUACAACCAAUGCAGCAUUUAUUGAUAACAUUCAAACAAUAUUUUCGUAUGAAGGGUGCGAAUUAUGGGGAGCGAUCUGACUCAGCUAAUUAAAUCUUGAACACCCCAAAGGAGGUCAAAACAAUCCACUGAAGGGUCCUGAAAUCACAUAAUCGUUUUAACGGGCUUGUUUCAGUAAUAACCACAAAAGUUGGUAACCUCUGCAACAAUAGGCUGCUAGUUUGUUUUCCAUUAGGAUCUGUAUCGGACAGCACAUUAAAGCCGUCAUAUUUAUCACUUUGUUAUAGAUUUAGAUUUCGAGUUCAUCAUUUAAAAAAUAUAAGAGGGCGCCAAAAGACAACUGUUCCGCGAGAUGAACUUCAACAGAUUGAAUUGCUUUAUAAUAUAAUUAGCAUUCUGCGCAGCAUAGACUGAUUGUUCAGUUGAGUCAGACACUAACCUCAGUAUGAUGAACUAUUCAUUCUUGUGCUCCUACAUAUGAGCAAUGCAGUUAUUCUAACAAAUGUCAAUGAGGGUUUUCAUUUUAGGUAACCUAACGUUUGCACUUGUCGCUGAUGCGCGUUCCCACACCCCCUCCCCUAAACUGUGGGCAUCGGUGACGCGCGUCUGGGGUUCAUGUUUAUGUCUGUCAGGUUUCCGAUUGGGCGCCGUGUAGAUGUGUGAUGAGCAUCCGCGCGCCGUGGGCGGGAGCAGUCAUGUUUAUAACCCACAGUACGCGCGCCGUGGGCGGGAAGACCGGAUUGAGAAAGUAGCGAUUUGAGAGUGAGGACGCGCGGCUGCGGCGGGCGGCUGUGGCUGACAGGAGCUUGUGGAGGAGGCGCGGCUUCCACUGCCCCUCCACCUAAGCAGCUGUAUGGACGACCACCUUAGCCUCCUCCACUCGCCUCCGCCUUCCUCAAGCAAGCACCGGGGCAACAACCUCGUGAACCACGGAUACACCGAAAACGAGCAAGACACCAUGACAAUUGUUGCUUGCGACAACAUGCUGGAGGAGUCGGCGGCGCUGCCCGGGCACCACUCGCUGGAGCGCUACGAGCCAGACCACGAGUGUUGCGAGAGAGUUGUCAUCAAUAUCUCGGGCUUGCGAUUCGAGACACAGCUCAAAACCCUGUCCCAGUUCCCCGAGACUUUACUCGGCGACCCCAAGAAGAGAAUGCGCUACUUUGACCCCCUCAGAAACGAGUAUUUCUUUGACAGGAAUCGACCGAGCUUCGAUGCCAUUUUGUAUUACUACCAGUCAGGGGGGCGUAUACGGAGACCCGUGAACGUUCCUAUUGACAUUUUCUCCGAAGAGAUACGCUUCUAUGAGCUAGGGGAAGAGGCUAUGGAGAAAUUCCGAGAGGAUGAGGGCUUUAUAAAAGAGGAAGAGCGUCCUUUGCCCACCAAUGAAUUCCAGCGACAGGUGUGGCUGCUGUUUGAGUACCCGGAGAGCUCGGGUCCGGCCAGGGGCAUUGCGAUCGUCUCGGUGCUGGUCAUUUUGAUAUCGAUCGUUAUCUUUUGUCUGGAAACAUUACCCGAGUUUCGGGACGACAAAGACCCGACGACGGUCGCCCCGCUUAUGAACGGAACUCUCCCGUACUUCACAAGUCCCUUCUCGGACCCGUUCUUUGUGGUUGAGACUCUUUGCAUCAUCUGGUUCUCUUUCGAACUGCUCGUCAGGUUCUUCGCGUGCCCGAGCAAAGCCACGUUCUCCAAGAACAUCAUGAACAUAAUUGACAUUGUGGCCAUCAUACCCUAUUUCAUCACUUUGGGGACAGAACUCGCGGAACGGCAAGGCAACGGCCAGCAGGCGAUGUCCUUGGCCAUUCUCCGGGUCAUCAGACUAGUCCGCGUGUUCCGGAUAUUCAAACUCUCGCGGCACUCUAAAGGGCUCCAGAUUCUGGGGCAAACGCUCAAAGCCAGCAUGCGCGAGCUGGGCUUGUUGAUAUUCUUUCUCUUCAUCGGUGUCAUCUUAUUCUCGAGCGCCGUCUACUUCGCCGAGGCGGACGAUCCCGACUCGGGCUUCAACAGCAUCCCUGAUGCGUUCUGGUGGGCGGUGGUAACCAUGACGACCGUUGGAUACGGCGACAUGCACCCAGUCACCAUAGGGGGCAAAAUCGUCGGCUCCCUGUGCGCGAUCGCGGGCGUGUUAACUAUCGCUUUGCCAGUGCCAGUUAUAGUGUCCAAUUUCAACUACUUUUACCACAGAGAGACUGAGGGAGAGGAGCAGGCGCAGUACCUCCACAUCGGCAGCUGUCAGCCUUUGUCCUCCUCCGAGGAGCUGAAGAAGACGCGCAGCACGUCGUCGCUCAGCAAGUCGGAGUACAUGGUCAUUGAGGAGGGCAUCAACAGCGCUUUCAAGCAGCCCAACUUCCCCGCUCAGAACAACCAGAACUGUGUGAACAUUAAAAAGUUGUUCACAGACGUCUAGGCGUCUAGACGCGCGUGUCAGUGCAAUGGCAACGCUGUAGGUUCAUGUCAUGACAGUCAAGCGCUGAGUGUGUCGCCCUCCAUUUCCACGGCGCAGAGGUUUAACGCGCCAGUCCCAUGCACCUGUUUGAUUGAACCAUUUUACUGUGAGAAGAAAGCCCUCAUCGGCUUUCAAUCUAUUUGCUGUCUUUAGGGUAGGCUGCGUUCAUUCAUAUAGGCAACAUGUGUGUCAUCAGUAUGGCAAGCCAAUUUAACAUUUAUUCCUUUAACUAGUAUUUGUUUUUAUUUUAGUAGCGUACAUUUUUUAUUGCUAAUCAUUUUUGAUUACUAAUUUUAUUUUCUCACACGUUGCUGGUAGUCAAUCCGCCUCCCCCGGCACAUUUGUUUUCCACUUCUAGCACUCAAUAGUAGGCUAUUUAUAAGAUACUAGUACUUCUAUUCUCUCAUAUCCCAACUGUGAAAAUAUUUGCUAUUGAAUCAGGUAUAUAUAUUAACCAUUCACUUCUGACUAGCAUGUACUAGUAACAUUUUUAAACAUACAGUAACAUACAGUAGCCAUUCUGACAAGUUAAAGAUGCAAUUUUACCUCUUGAUAUGCUGUGAAUUAUAUCUAAAUAAUUAUUGGGAUAGAUAUCAGUGCCUCAUAAAUAAGUAUUAGAAUCUAAUAAAUAAGUACUAGAAAAACUGGAAUAAGUGCCAGCAACAAUUAGAAUACAUCAUUGGAAGUGAAUAUUUAAUCAAUUAUCUUCGUUGCUACUUCUGGAACUAGUAGCAAAAUAAUAAGUACUAGUAUUUAAUGAAUAGUUUACUGGUAAGUCACUAUUAAAUGAAUUACUAGUAAUAAAAAUGUAUUAAAAUAAUGAUUAAAAAAAUAGUUUAAGGAAAAAUGUUAAGACGGCUUGCCACAAAAUCAGUAUAUCGUCGAUGACAAGUUAUUAGUUAUUCUAUUCAAAUGCACUCGUUGCAUCGCGUAGUCUACUUUGACAUUACAUCGCUGGAAACUUAGUACCAGAAUAGGGAGGGAAGCGCUUAUUAUAAUGAAAGAAGAUAGCCUAUUUAAAGGUAUUGUGUAUUUUCUUACAUAAUGGACAAGUGUUGCUCAGAUAACAUACCACUUGUUGGAAUAAGUGUCUUAAAAUGACUUCUUUUGUGUGCUUCUGUUGUGUGUUGUCUCGUCAAGAGCCCGUUCCAUAUCAACCAGUGAAAGCUAAAUGUGAACUUUUUCUCCAUUUGUGCUAUGAUUCGUGCAGAUCUAGUAAUUCAGAUCUAAAUUGUUAUCAUUCAAGCACAAAUUCUUUCUAAUGUGUACCGAUCACUGAAGUUCAAGACAAGAGGGAGGGGAAAGAUCAGAGACUGAAAGCGCUUUCGACUGGAUACUUCUAAUCACGUUGGAGUGAUGCAGUCUCCAUAGCGACGAUAGGUUCCUCGGUAACCCGCUAUUGUUGCCAUGGCAUCUUUUUUUUUUUUUUUUUGAUGCCCCCCACCCCCCUCCCCCCCUCAGUAAUCUGCCAGAAUGUUUUGAAGUCUGGCUGAAGAUUCGCUAUCUUGCUGGAUUUUGUAAACUGGUGAAAAUGGAUUUUCUCAUCUAACGAGAGGGCCACAACAACAACACGAUCAAUAGUAAUUGUACUGGAGUAUCUUCAAAAGGCCCCAACUAUUAAGCCACACUCUAGGAUAAUAAAGUGCAAUACACGUGAAAGUUUCAUCUCUGAAUUGUUAUAGACAAAACACUGUCCAACAGACACAGACCGAAGUAAAAAAUGAAUGUGUGAAGCAGAGCGCCUGCGAUACACUGAUCAUUCACAAGAGGCUGCUGUAUCUACGCCAAACGAGUCUGCUGCCAUCUCUGUUCUCCCGUAGGAUGGACAUCUCGCCUUGUCUUAAGAAACAGCAGUGAGGAAGGAGAAGGACGUGGAUGAAGCUUUAACAGAGGCCGGAUUGCCUGUGUGGACCCCAGCUUGCCAAACGUAGGGGCUCGUGGACUGUUCCCUUCUCCUCCACAUUUCUGGGAGGAGGUGCCUUCAAAAAAAAAAAAAAAAAAAAAAAACCCUCCGGGCCCUGAUUUCCCCCGGCUAGACCGACCCGCCACACCACUUGCCUUUUCUGUGUUCAGUAUUCUGUCUCUUUACCAAAAGAAGAUGGACUCCUGUGUUCAUGUGCUGUUUCUGCUGCUAAAUGUAAGAUUCUUAACUCCACAUAAGUGCUCGUACAGGCCCAGCAGUGUGGAGGGCUGUGCUAGUUAUGCUAGCUCCAUCAGCUGUCAUGUGUCGUCAGGCUGUGAUGUCGUCUUUGACGUUGCUGUAUAAACUGAUAGUCAUGAA